UCAUCAUAAAUGUAGCCUACACCAUUCAAUGGGCUCAGCGUAGUGACAUUACGGUAAUGAUAUACGUUUUAUGUUGCUCAGCCAAUAGAUAUCAUUCCCCGCAGCUCUUGCUCAUACUAGAUGUCAUCAAGUAGGAAACAGCUUCUAUCGAUUAAAACGGGACAGGUGCAGUUACCAGGAUGACUUCCAACGAAUACCAUAUAAUGGCAACAUCACCCCGUGAGCUUACUCAGAACCCGCUGAAGAAAAUAUGGAUGCCAUGGAAAAACGGGCUCUUUGUACACAUUUUACAAAGAAGGGUAUGUAUGACCAACUGUCCCACCCUCAUUGUGACGGUGGGCCUCCCAGCGAGAGGGAAGACCUACAUCUCCAAGAAGCUGACCCGCUAUCUCAACUGGAUUGGUGUGCCGACCAAAGAGUUCAAUGUGGGUCAGUACAGGAGGGAGUGUGUGAAGAUCUACAAGUCUUUUGAGUUCUUCCAUCCAGACAAUGAAGAGGGGCUGAAGAUCAGGAGGCAGUGUGCACUGACGGCGCUGAAGGAUGUGCACCAGUACCUGACUGUGGAGGGGGGCCAGGUGGCGGUGUUUGAUGCCACUAACACCACCAGGGAGAGGAGAUGGACCAUCACCAGGUUUGCAAAGCAGAACAGCUUUAAGGUGUUCUUUGUGGAGUCUGUGUGUGAAGACCCUGAUGUCAUUGCGGAGAACAUAGUGCAAGUGAAGCUGGGUAGUCCUGACUACAUAGACUGUAAUACAGAGGAGGUCAUCGAGGACUUCAUGAAGAGAAUCAAGUGCUACGAGAACUCUUACCAGCCACUGGAUGAGGUUCUAGACAAGGAUCUGUCCUACAUUAAGAUCAUGGACGUGGGCCGGAGAUACCUGGUGAACAGGGUGCUGGACCACAUCCAGAGCCGCAUCGUCUACUACCUAAUGAACAUCCACAUCACACCACGCUCCAUCUACCUGUGUCGCCAUGGAGAGAGUGACCUCAAUGUCAAAGGAUGCAUCGGAGGAGACUCAGGCCUGUCUGUCAGGGGCAAGGAGUUUGCAAAGUGUCUGGGGAAGUUUAUCGAGGAGCAGAACAUUAAGAAUCUCAAGGUGUGGACCAGCCAGAUGAAGAGAACCAUUCAGACAGCUGAGGCCGUGGCUCUGCCCUACGAGCAGUGGAAGGCUCUCAACGAGAUCGAUGCUGGUGUGUGUGAAGAGAUGAUGUAUGAGGAGAUCCAGGUACAUUUCCCUGUGGAGUUUUCACUUAGAGACCAGGACAAAUACCGCUACCGCUACCCUAAAGGAGAGUCCUAUGAGGACCUGGUGCAGCGGUUGGAGCCAGUCAUCAUGGAGCUGGAGAGGCAGGAGAACGUCCUGGUCAUCUGUCACCAGGCUGUCAUGCGCUGCCUGCUCGCUUACUUCCUGGAUAAGAGUGCAGAGGAGCUGCCUUACCUGAAGUGCCCUUUGCACACUGUAUUGAAGCUGACCCCUGUGGCGUAUGGAUGUAAAGUAGAGUCUGUCUGGUUGAAUGUGGAAGCUGUGAACACCCACAGGGACAGGCCGGAGAAUGUAGACAUUUCACGGAUGCCAGAAGAAGCCCUGUUCACAGUCCCCGCCCACCAGUGAUGAGUGACAGCGCACAAAGUUUAGAUUCAAUCAGUUCUUCCUUAACCCGCGAUAACCGACAACUGCAUAGCAGUUUCAUUGCUUUUAUUCAUGGAAUGUCGGAGGUGUAACUGUGUUAGAGCUGUCAAAUCAGGAAGCGACUCCCGGCGUGAUACCUAUUGCGGACGUUUCCAUUUUAUGUGCCGAGUCGCAUUAGUAAUAAUCCCAUGCAGCCUUGUUAUAGUUUGAACACUGGAAUGUGUUGUAAUAUACACCUCGAUUAGGCUGAUAUGAAUCCUCAUUAUUAAGGUUAAUGAUGUUCAAUUUGAGUGUCAUUAUUUCUAUAUAGCCUACACUUUCUCGUUCUGAACUUCUAACGUGAGUGGGACGGGUGUGGCUUCGAUUAGACGGCUCUAUAACAGUUCCACCUCCAGCACCUCCUAAACACCAGCUACCACUGGUUAAUGCUUGAUCUGAUUGAAUCCAGGCCCUAGAAACCAAAGUGACAUCACUCACCGUGGCUACUUCAUCUACUCAAUCAGAAAUCAAUGCAAAUUGCUAUAAAAUGAAAAAAAUCCUUGCAGCGCUAUUUGAAAAGAGUGCAUCUGAAUCUAUCUAAAGCGGCAAUCGGCAGAGGAAACAAUAGCGAAGCGUAAUCCCUGCCCCAGUUUCGGUAAAAAGCUGAUGGAUGGGCUGGAGAAAUUCAUAGCUAGAGCUAUGGAUGCAUGGGCUGACCAUCCAUGAUAUCAACAUUGAGUUUUAACCAUGUUUUGAGGCUAUAUAGUGUUUGUUUACAUUUACUUUGUUUACAAACAUUGGAGUAAAAGCUUAGAUUUUGGGUUCUAAUGUAGGCAUUUAUACAUUUUAUUCUUCAAGAAUCAUUCAUUUAUAAGUCCAAAAAUGUAUGUAGCGACUGCUGAUUUCCUCUUUAAGGUUCUUUAAAAAAAAAUACUUGUUUAAUCGGCUGUGUUUAGACAGGCAUCCCAAUCCGGAUCUUUUUUCCACAAAUUGGUCUUUUGACCAAUCUUAUCAGAUCUUUCUCAGAGCUGAUCUGAUUGGUCCAAAAAACAAUUAGUGAAAAAAAUAUCAGAAUUAGGCUGCCAGUCUAAACGCAGCCGUCUAGACAACUGGAAUCCAGUUCAAUGGUGAUUCACCCCACUAUCAGGGUAUGUGUGCCUGUGAGUGUGUUUUGUAUGUGUGUGAGUGUUCAUAAUACACUCAAUCUGAUGUGAAACCUUUUUUAUAUACAUGACAUAUGGCUUUUCAUCAAAUUGUAAAGUGUCUGACACAGGCAGCCCAGUUCUGAACUUUGUCCACUAAUUGGCCUUUUAACCAAUCAGAUCAACUCUUUUGCCAAUCAUUUGGCAAAGAUCAGAAUUGGCUGUCUGUGUAAACUAAAUGUAAUACUCCUUGUUCUUAGUUUUUGUCCAACCAUUUGUCUGUUAACAAGUGUUUUUUUAAAAAGCUGUUUUUUAUUUUGUGAAUUUCCUAUUAAACCAACUAUUGCGUUUACCCGCUGCAGAAGAUGUGAUAUUUGGAAUCGGACUCUAGGUGGGGACAUAAAUUGUAGGUAGUAUUUUUUUUUAUAUAUAUAUGUCUGGUAUAAAAUCAGACAUAUUAAGGUGGUUUUGCACAUCUAUUUUUUUCAAUCAAGGUCAUCUUCAUCUAGUUAAAAUCUAAACUGAUUGACUUUUUUCAUGUUGCAUCAGUGAUCUGCUAUAUCUAGAAUGUGUUUGGCUCUAUUUCUCAAUGUCUAAAAUGCUGCUGUUUUUUAGCACCUGUAGUAUCAUGACAAAUCAAUUGAAAUAACUACUAAUAUAUGUGUAAACGCAUAAGUAAUGAUCAGCAUAAUAAUCAGUUGUCAGUAAUGCUGUGAAUGUCAUUAAAUCGCUCACUGCUUGUUUAUCGUUUUUCAGCAUGUUCACCAUGUCUUGUUUGUUCAUUUUGACUUGUUUGUCAACGUGCCAAGAAUAUGAUGCAUUCAAUGUAAAUAUCUACAUCAUCCAAAUGGAAUAAAUAUUUUUUGGUUAAA